AUGUCGCCUUCCUCAGUCUUAUCCGGUUCACAAGGAAUGGGCCACGCCCAUUCCUUUCACGAACGGCGCGUCACCUCCAGACAAGUAUCGGGGAUGCUUGAGAGCAGACUACUGCGUGCCAAUGGCGGUCCGCGCCGGGACAUGAGCAAACAACUCCUUCGCCAGGCGUCAAUGACCAUGGACACUUCGACUAUUACCAGCGUCGUGUAUUCGUUGAAGAGGCGCAGUGACAAUGAGUUGGGCCACGACGUAUCCGCUAGGUUGAUGGGUGAGACCCAUGAUUCAAUCCUCGAUUGGAUUGGUGCUCAGCGUAUGAGCCAUCUGCCACCUGAAGGCAGCAGUUAUGACAAGGUGUUGGCGUGGACACAACUAUUCGUCGAGAGACUCCAUUCCUUCGAAAUUGCCAUUGAGGACUUUGCCGCGGAUAGUGGUGUUGCCGCACACCUGGCUUAUGGCUAUUGUGCCAUUCUGCUCGAAUUGGGCCAAGAGAAUGCCCCGGCUCUCAUGACCUCACUUGGAUUCUUCUACAGCAUCUCUAUGUCUCUAGUCAAUCUUCUAGAGCGUACUGAGAUGUUUGGCGUGUCACAAGUCAUCAGAGAGCAGCUGGUGCUCGCCCUAGCGGACCUGGUCACUCUUGUCGCUAGUGUAGCAACACACUUCCACAAGGCUAUUAGUGGAGAUUCAGAUGAGUCCAUAUCCAUCAACAUCUACAGCAAAUUCUCGGGGCAGAUCCGGGCUUUCGAGGAGCGCUGCGAGAAGAUCGCCGAAUCCAUGUGGCGCCAUCAGUUGCUGGUUGAUAACCUAGAUGCCGAGGCCGUGUCCGAUGUCAAGUCCAUCAAGCAAUGGUUGACUCCAGAAGAUCGUGCUUUGGCCAAGACCGCUGCAGGAUCUUCUCUCUUGGCUCACGAUCGUGAAGAGCUGACCUGUCUCUGGGUUGGCUCUCAUCUUGCCCGGUUCCUCAAAGGGCAAGAAAAGAUAUUGUCCAUCAGUGGCAAGCCAGGUAGUGGAAAGACGAUUGUAUCUUCCGUCAUCGUCGAUUACUUGCAACGACCAAUUUCGGGUGUCCGCUACAAUGCUUUGUUCAUUCCGAUAAAUAGCAGAGUCUCCGCUGAAACCUCUUCUCGAGCUAUUGCGAAAGCCAUUCUAAGCCAGCUUUUUUCAAAGCGCAUCGGUAACAUUCAGCUCCUUCAGAUAUUAGUAGACGCCUUUGAACGGAGUCAGCAAGCCAUAUCCUCGGAGGAGUAUGAUAACAUCGUAUGGGAAGCCUUGGAGCGUGCACUUUCUGCUGUACUCCCCGGUGCCCGAGAGCUCGUCAUUGUUGUGGACGGCAUCGAUGAAUCCUCAUUGGAAGAGGAAAAGUUGUUCCGGCGCCUCGCUAAUGCCACAGAACAUGGCAUUAAUGUCCGUCUCAUCACCCUUGGGAAAACAAAGCACACAGCUCAGGGCCAGAAAAACCUCCAGGUCGGCCAAGAGUUGAUCUUUGAUGACAUCAUGGCCGUAAUUCGAAGCCAAUGGGAGUCGGACAAUGAGUUCACUGAAAUGUCUGAGUUUGAGCAAGAGUCGAUAGUCACCAGGCUCACUGAGGCUUCUGCGGGAUCGUUUCUCUGGGCAAAGCUUGCGGCAAGGCGUCUCCGCCGCGAGAUCGGCGUCGAUAAGUUCAAAGCAGCUAUCGACAAUGUGAUUAAGACGAAACCCACCAUCACCGAUUUCGUUCAGCGGAACAUCAAGUCAUCUAGUGUGACUGAUGAUGCACGGCUCAUGCUGAUGUGGCUAGCCGUUGCCGAGCGCCCCUUAUCAUUGAGAGAGCUUGCCACGCUGGCAUCCAUCCAAGUCGAGAAGAAUACCGUCUCAGACAAAGCGAUUGACGUCCUGACAGUCAUGAAGCAUGUGCAAGGCCUCGUGUUCUUGCAAGAUGGUCUUAUGUACAUCCGGCAUGGCCUGAUUCGUACCUCUUUACACGAGUUGAUUGCGAAGGGAGAAUUGGUGCCAGCAGUUGUUGAUGCCCAUGCAGACCUCACAACCCGCCUUCUUUUGUACAUCAAGACUGCGUUAACUCACCAGAGUGCGCCAUCUAUCAAACCUCUCGAAGAUGACGACAAGAGUCAACUGCUGAAGAAACAUCCCUUGCUUGAGUUUGCUCUGCGCUAUUGGCCCGUCCAUCUUACUCGGUCGGCCGUCUAUACAAGUGGAGGCCAUAAAGGGGCAGCGAAGGCAUUUGCAAAAUUGUACCCGCACACCGUCACAUCUAUGCUCUUGCAGGCCAGCCUCUGGGAGCAAUACCCAAAGCCAUUGUUGCUCACAUACCUGACAACCAUCACCAACAUUUACCGCGAGUGUUUCACUACCGCUAGUCCUUUAACACUUCAGUGCAUCAUCUACUUGGCAACAAUUCAUUCUCAAAUUGAGCUGAUUAACGAAUCCGCCGCCUUUUUCUUCGAGGCAGCUUCUCUGAGCAGCAAACAGGACCCUGCCAACCACACUUUGACUUUGGAACUGGCCAAUAAAUAUCUUGAGUUGACUGAGUCUAAGGUUACAAAUUCCAAGACUGAAGUCAUGAUCAGGCGGGAAACUAUGUUCUCAGUUUUGGUCGAGUGUUACAAGGCCAAAUACGGUCAAACCUCGACGUAUGUGGUCACUGCCCUCCGGCACCUGGUCGAGCACUAUCGGUACAUCAAGGAAGAAAAGAAAUGCCAGACAAUCAUGGAAUAUGUUCAUUCCAUCACCGGCUCCAAGUCACAAAGUGGUACAUUGGAAACUGAUAAUGAAUUGCAAAUCUCGUUGAGCAAGAGGAAGAAGUCUGCAACCACCACUGAAGGUGUUGCUCUCCAUUUAGGGACCCAAGAGCGAGACGAACUCAUCGAAGAGCUUGAAUACUCCAUCCAAAGAGCCGAGGAAUGCGUGGUAGAGGGCCGCAUUGAAGUGGCCGAGCGGUUGUACAUCGAGGCAUGGCAGCAUGUCAGCCACGAAUAUCGCAUCCAUCGCUCCGAGGUCUGGGCGGACCGUAACUUGAGUGCGCAAUUGAGCUACUCCAAGUUCUUGCUGUCACAGAAGAGAUCGUCGGAGGCAUCUUCCAUUCUUGUCAGUGUCUGGGAAGAAUACAGGCAGUCAACAGGACUGUUAACCGAAAGUUCUGUCCUAAUGCUCGUACAAGUUGCUCACAGUCUGAAGUCGAUGAGCCAUGCGUCAGUGUCUUUGACCAUCUUCAAGUUCUGCUUGCAGUACUUCCAGGCCACCAACCGUGUCAAUACAUCAGCGUACAAGGAGAUCGAGCAAGCCAUACGGAUCACGUCGCAAGAGAUUGCAAAGUCAGCUAGCUCCUCUCUGGCUGACAUAUCUGAAACGACCUUGAUGGAAAUGAUAUAUGAACGUACCAGUUCCAUCACCACCGUUGAUCAAUCCACAUUUGCAUCUAUCGACAACCUUGUUUCGCUAUUCGCCUCACAGAACCGCUGGCAUGACGCAAGCCAGUUUAUCGAGAAAGUGCUUCAGGGUAUUUGGCCUUCGCUGUUCAGUCCUAACGUGCAGGAUGUUGCGCUUGUUCAGGAGCACGUCGACAGCUGUGUAGGUCUCGCAGUGCGUCUUGCAGAGUGCUAUCAUUCCCAAAGGUGCCGGGACAAAGAGGAAAACAUUCGGGUCCGUGUUUAUCGUGCCUUGCGAUCAGGUCGCAAAGUUGACGACAAGCUACGAGAGUCUGCCGUCAGUCAGCUGCUAUCGCUUUACAGCCAGACUUCGCAAAAGGACUCGGCCAUCACUAUCCGCCAGGAGAUGCUGGAUGACUUGACAGAGUGUCAUGGUGAGCAGCAUGCUAGCGUCAUCAAGGCACUGUGGGAGUUGGCAGAGUUCACUCGCCCAUGGCCCAUAUUUGUCGAGUACUAUCAGAGAAUCAUCCGCAAUCUCAAUAAGGACACCGAAGUCAGCAAGUCUGCGGCCCUCAAGCCUAUCGUGAUUGUCUCGGCUGAGCUCUGGAACAAGGGAGCCCUAUCCGAGGCGUUGCCCUACUACAGAACGCUUAUCAACACCUUCGUCGCGGCUCCGAAACUGAGCCCCUUAUUCCAGGAUGCGCCACUGGUGCGAGAGUCUUUCGAUCGCUACAUGGCCUGCCUACGACAUUCCCGGACGACUUUCACGGCUGUCUACAAGAUUGCUUCCGAGUAUCAGGUUCAAUGUAAGACGGUCUUUGGUACUUCAGCAUCCAUCACCAUUCACGCCACCCUGACCCUAGCUGAGGUGUGCCAGGACUCCAAGAGCACUGAAGCGCAGGUCAUUACGCUGUACGAAGAACUUUUGACAUUGAAAUCUGACGAAAUCAAUCGUAAAGAUAUAUCAGCAGCUUUGGAGAUCUUGUACGAAAAGCAAACUGCAAUGGUCAUGUCGAAGAGCUCGACUACUGUCUCGUCGUCGCAGGUUGAUCGCGCUGUCAAGGUUCUGCACAAGCGUGUUACUACAGUUCGCGAAACACACGGAUGGGCCCAUGAGGAGUCCCUCCAUCAGCUUACAGAGCUCGUUCGCUUCCACAGCAAGCAAGGCGAGACUGAGGUAGUAUCACGCGAACUCAAGGAGGCGACUGUCAAGAUCCUUUCUACCAAGACCACCUCUACUCAGCUGAUCACUGCCGCGUCGACUAUUGCUUCGAGCUAUGUGGCUUGCAAUCAGUUGAGUCAGGUCACUGAGCUCACUGAGAGCCUUUAUCGCCAGAUUAUGGUUAAGGAUACCACGAGCGUCAAGACAUGCCAGUUUGACCUGACGGCAAAGGGCCGCGAAAGCCUCGUCUUUGUAGCCCAGCUUGAGUACAGUCUCCGUCGGGGCUCGUCUACCUUGACCGAGAUCAUGGCGACACUGACUACUCAGUAUGCAUACUUUGACGAGUUCAGGGCCAUGACACGGUCGAAGUCCAGCAAGUUCCUCGACGUGUCCGUGGCUACUGCCCGCCUCCAUGCGUACUUGAUUAAGUGCGCCCGUGACACCGUGGCUUCUCAGGUCUUUGAUCAAUACUUCCACUGGGUUAGCGAUGCCAAGUCGAAGUACGUGAAGCAGGCCAACCUGUCCACGAUUCAGACCAAGACCUUCCUGCAUGCUGUUCUAGACCAUCUGAGCACACACAAAUCGAAAGACGUCGUGCGCACUGUCGGCAUCAUCGGCAGCACUAAGGUUCCCAAGCUCUUGGAUGAGAAACGCUACCAAGACGCAUGCGACUUGGCGAUCGCGUGCUUCAAGUUCAUUGCCGCAAAGCCUGAGGCGUAUCGCACACCUAUCAUGGUGAAGCUGGUACUGACCUCGGGGAUGUCCCUCGGCAGUCGCGUGUCAAACAAGGGAGUUAACAAUGCCGCGCGCGCGGCGCUCCUUCGAACGUCUGAGAUUAUCGUCUCCGAUGUUCUCCGUGUGAUGACUGAAAUGAACAUUAACCUGGCGAAGCUGGAGUUGGUACACCUGAACCAGCUUGUCAUCCUCUUGGGCGCGCAGGAGAACCAUGAGACUCUUGCGAGCUUGCUGACGAUGCUUUGGAACAGCCGCGAGGCACAACGUGACUGGGAUCCUGCUGUAACAUUUACCCUGGCCCGGCGCUAUAUCUUGGCCCGCUAUGUGGUCGGCGAUACAAUCGCUGCCCUGCGCAUCGCUGAACACAUAGUCUACAACUGCCGUAGGGUUCAUGGCCUCUACCAUCCCUCUACACUGGAGAUGUCCACCCUGCUGUCACAGCUAUACUCGGGUCUUGCGCAACGACACCACCAGCAGGCAACUGCCGCUACCAACGGGCAGAAGAGCGGCUCGACAGGGGCUAAGGAGAUGGCAAACCGCUACUACAAGAAGAGCGCCACUCUUCAUGAGAAUAUCCUUCGCGGCUUCAGCGACCCCGACUUUGCAAGCAUGGACGGCGGCUCCUUGAUGGAUAGGAUGGACGGCGCUUCCAGCGUCGAAGGCGGGUCCAUCACGCCACUGCAUGCAAUCCGCGGCACCAGUCCCGUCCGCGGACAUGUCGAGUCCGAAGGGCAGUGUGUCCGUCGCCACCUUCGACUCCUCAAGCUGGCCCUCCAGCGCUUGGGCAGUUGGCCUAAGGACUAUGCCGAAUAUGAACGUUUGAAUGCAGACGUGUUUGCACAGUACACCGAUGACUUGAAGGGUGUAGAGGGAGUAGAGAAGUGGGACCUCAAAGCGUUCGGUGAUAGCAAGGCCGAGGCAGAUAUUGACCUUCUUAGGCCAGAAGAUCUGCAGAAUUGGGAACUGAUCGAUGAACGCCAGUCUACCAACGGCCACACACAGGAGGAGGAAGAACUGUAA